AUGAGUGGCGGGGAUCUAGAAAACGGUAUCGUGAACGAUGAGGAAGUUGGUUUUUUGUCUUCCCCCAAACCCGUCCUUGGUAACAACACCUCUAAUGAGAAGCCAUACGGCUCCUUGUUAACACGGGAAGAUCUAUUGCGGUUGGAGUCCGAAGAGCCCAUUUGGCGUCGAGUUCGUUUGAUUCUUUUGAUCGCCUUCUGGGUCUUGUGGGUUGGGUUGUUGGCUGCUGCAAUCGUUAUCAUUGUUGUGACGCCCAAAUGUCCACCUACCCCUGUCCUCAGCUUUUGGCAGAAGAAGGUCGGCUACUGGCUAGAUCCGUUCUCUUUCUCUGAUUCUAACGGUGACUUCAUUGGAGACUUCAAGGGUAUCGUCAACAAAUUGGACUACAUAAAAGAUGUGGUUGGUGCCGGGUUUAUCAUCCUUAGUUCCAUCGUUUCCGGACACUAUUCCAAUGCUGCGACUUCUUUGGGACUUGUGCGGAACUUCUCUACGAUCGAUCCAGCUCUGGGAACGCUGAAUGACUUCCGGUCACUCAUCAAGACGUACCACAGAAGUGGCCUGGAAGUCGUAAUAACUUUGGACUUCAACUCCAUUUCGACUACACAUGAGUGGGUCAAAAAGCCUGAGUUCCUACGGGCUCCGCUUCCAGGAUCUGUGGUUGCUAGGGAUGGCUCAAAGCCAACUGUAAAUCUUAACGGGAAAUCCUAUUAUUCUGUUGGUGACAAGAACUCAGUCGAUCUUAAUUUGUCGUCGGAUGAAGUGGUUCAAAAUUUAGAAAGUGUUACAAAAUACUGGUUGAAUGAAGGCGUAGAUGGAAUCUUACUAUCUAGUGCUGCUUUCUAUGUCGAAGAAGAAAACGAAGCGGAAUAUCCCAUGUUGAGUUUGGUGAGACGAUUCUCGAAUAUCUUUACCAUAUAUUUAGUGGACCCUGGUGACUGCGGCUAUGGCCUGAGUGACACUGUGGACAAAUCGAUAGAUUUCUUGGGUACCAAAGAUCAUCCUGCAGCACAUAUGGUGAUCAGCCGACAGUUCGUCGAACACCGUGGAUGGAAAGCGCAGCCCAACGUAACAUCUUGGCAAGAAAUAACAAUUCGCUCAUAUCAUCCGGUGACCUCGAAUGCCAAGGCUGCAUUGGCACUGACCACGGCGACACCAAGCGAUCAUCGUCAUGGUGAUAUCGCCGCUCUAGCAUCUAUUUUCUUGCUUCCAGGCACCCCUCUUGUAUACUACGGGUCUGAGCUCGCGAUUCAGCUAAUCCCGAGCUUGAGCUCUCCGGAAGACAUCUAUCCGUUCGGGAAAGUACCGUUUCCGAAUCUGUCAAAAAGGGACAGCGAACUGGUUUGCCAACUUCCAAUGCCGUGGGAUCGUUCCGGCGCCGGGUUUUCAUCAUCACUAUCGAAUAACACGUUCGCUAAUUACUUGAAGCAGUUUGGUAUUGUUGAAACGGUUGAUUCGGCGCUUUCGUUCGGGCGUGAAAAUACACCCCUCAAAAUGGUACAGGAGCUGAUCAAGUUGCGAGAAAAACCAAGUUUAAAAUGGGGGGAAUUUGAGAUGCUUGAGUCCGGGGAAGAGGUGGAUGAUAUUGAGCUGUUCAAGCGAGAAGCCAUCGGACAUCCGGCUUUCAUUGUCGCGGUAAUCAAAAGGACGCCCAAUUAUGCUGCAACUUUCAACUUUGCUGGUGUAUGCGGUCGUUUUAUUCCACGCCUAACCUAUCCUCUUCGUCCGGCGCUAAAGCUUAACGAGGCCAUUGAUAGUAGCCGCAUAUACUUGCAAUCUGACAGUGAACCAGCUGUCUACGUGUUUGAGUGCGCUUAAACAGACCUGCUUUGCUCUUCGUUAUCCUAAAAUUAGUCGUUUAGUCUUCGGUCCUCUAUUGUGCUAAAUACAUUUCAUCUGCUU